ACUAAUUUGGGGAUAAAUGGGUAGAAAGAAAUCGUCCGCCAAACCGGUGAAAAGAGUUGUUCAGAAGCUUGACACGCAGUUCAACUGCCUGUUCUGUAAUCAUGAGAAGUCAAUCAUAUGUACACUGGACAAGAAGAAUAACCUGGGGUUCCUAUACUGUAAGAUCUGUGGACAAAAGUUCCAGACUCCUAUCAACGCGCUGAGUAAGCCUGUGGAUGUGUAUACGGACUGGUUUGACGCUGCAGAGGCUGUUAACGAAGAUCAUCAUAAUGGAGGCGACGACGAGGACGACGAGGACGAAUACGACGAUGAAGACCGAGUACAUUCUGCCGGGAGAGGCAAUAGCUCGAAAACUGCUAAGACGAACACUAUGGAUGAUGGGUUUAUCGAAGAUGAUGAAGAAGAAGAGGAUGGGAACUACAGUGAUUAGACAUGGACGUGACCGAAGGGAGGAGGAGCAGCUGAUGCAUAUAAUUACGAUUGAUUGUAUAAUAAAUAUAAUCUGAAUUGUUAUCUGUUUAUAAAGAAUCGUUGAAUAUAAUAAAGACAUAGAAGUGUAGACAAGUGAAAUAAAAGAAUUGUGCGAACAAGGACAUGCGCAGUGCGAUGAUGAUGCAUCACUAGUAAUAUAUCUAGACAAGCAAAGACAAGGAGAAAUGGUAUAUGAAAAUGCAUUUUGUUUCCUUUUUUCCAAUAUGACUGAUAAUAACGAUCAAAAAGCACAAGGAAUUGC